CUGUUAAACUUUGCUUUAUCUGUUCCUGCAAGAGCCAGUUGUCUGGGAGAAAAGCUUUCCUUUCUUUUAUUACCUGACAGCAUUAAGGACAGUGGCAAAAUGACAGCUCACGCCACUAGCAUGAGGGUCAAGCUGCCUGUUGUCUGUAUCAUCUUGGAAGGUGUCACAAUGGUGCUCUUUGCCAUCUUUGUGCGGUAUGACGAGGAAACAGAUCCAAAAAAAUGGCACAUGCUUUUGGACAAGAAUGGGUCUCAUGCUGAUAAAAAUAUUAACAAUGACUUCUACUUCCGCUAUCCUAGCUUUCAAGAUGUACAUGUGAUGAUAUUUAUAGGCUUCGGUUUCCUAAUGACAUUCCUAAAACGUUAUGGCUUUGGGAGUGUUGGCUUUAAUUUCCUAAUUGCCUCCUUUGGGAUCCAGUGGGCAGCAUUAAUGCAGGGCUUCUUUCACUCCUUAAAAGACGAUAAUAAAAUUCAUGUUGGUAUAGAAAGUAUGAUCAACGCUGAAUUCUGUACAGGAAGUGUAUUGAUUUCAUUUGGAGGUGUCCUUGGCAAGACAAGUCCUGUCCAGCUUCUGGUGAUGACUAUCUUUGAAACAACAUUGUUUGCGAUUAACGAAUAUAUUGUUGUGAGCGUGCUGGGGGCAAAGGAUGCUGGGGGAUCCAUGACCAUUCAUACCUUUGGAGCAUACUUUGGACUGACUGUAGCACGGGUUCUUUAUCGACCAGAUCUACACAAGAGCAGACACAGAGAAGGCUCUGUGUAUCACUCUGAUAUCUUUGCUAUGAUUGGAACCGUCUAUUUGUGGAUGUUCUGGCCCAGCUUUAACUCAGCCGUUACUACCCAUGGAGAUGACCAGCAUAGGACAGUUAUGAAUACGUACUACUCCCUGGCAGCCUGCACCCUUGCUGCAUACGCUAUAUCGGCACUGGUGAACCACGAGGGCAAGCUAGACAUGGUCCACAUCCAAAAUGCAACGCUUGCAGGAGGGGUUGCUGUUGGUACAGCCGCAGAGAUGGUGAUGACUCCAUUCGGAGCAAUGAUUGUGGGAUUCAUUACUGGAACCAUUUCUACUCUUGGCUUCAAGUAUCUCAGUCCUAUACUUGACUCCAAGUUGAAAAUCCAGGACACGUGUGGGAUACAUAACCUUCAUGGAAUGCCAGGGAUCAUUGGUGCUGUUGUGGGUUCCAUUAUUGCAUCUUUUGCCACCCGUGACGUGUAUGGAGCAGGAUUAAAAGAUGUGUUCCCUCGGGUGGCCAGUGAAGAGAGGACAGCAUCAACCCAGGGCAUCAAUCAGAUAAUUUCCCUGGGAGUUACUUUGGGCUUUGCCCUUGUUGGUGGUGUCCUUGUAGGAUUCAUUAUGAAGAUACCAAUUUGGGGAUCUCCAGCAGAUACACAAUGUUUUACUGAUGAAAUUUACUGGGAGAUACCUGAAGGAGAUGAUGAUGGCCAUGGAACGAUGAUGUCAGUCAAGCAAGACGAUCCUGAUAAAAUUAUUUAAAUAAGUUGCCAUUUCUGAAACACUGCAGAUGUCAGCUCCUUCACCUGUCUUAUUGCUUACCAUUGGUGAAAAUGUGAAACCUCUUAUUAGAUGCUAUAAAUAUGUUUCAAACCAUAGCAAAGUACACAUGAAUCAUGGAAGCAAGUUUAUAUAUAUUUUAUUCUGCCAACAAGAUGGGGCAGGCAAAAAACAAAAAAACAAAAAAACAAUAUAUAUAUAUAUAUAUAUAUAUAUAUAUAUAUAUAUAUAUAUAUAUUAUCUGACCAUUAUUUUAACUUUAAGGACAUUUGCUGUUUAUAUGUCUCUCUGUCAUCCAUUACUACCACCCUUUCCUUUUCAUGGUGGCUGGAUUUGCAGUGACUGUGCCUCUAUUUAUUUUUUUGUUGAAUCUUACCUUUGCCCCUUAUGGUAAUGUCUGUAGUAUAAUUACCAUUUUUACACGCAGAUGGAAAACAAUGGUAUAAGUCAAAACUAUAUCAGAUUACUACAUAGUAAUCAUGCUGUUUUUCAUGCUUAUCUUAUAAGAAAUUAGAACAGCUGUACUAGUUAGUUAGGAAAUUGUUUUCACGUGCACCAUUGCUUAAAUUUCUAUCAUUAACUUUUGUUGUUUACCAGUACCAGUCUCUGCAUUUCUAAUGAAUUUCAAGUUCUGUGUAUAACAAACAGUGUAUAACAGAGCAUGGCAGUACCACAGUAUUCUCGUUUUGCCUCUUUUCUUAACAUUGCUUGUCUUAUAGGCACAUAAAAGCAGAAGUUAGAGCACUUCACCCAAGCUGUAUUAGGCAGGGUGACUAACAGCUGAAUAGUAGAACAUGCUUUCUUCUUGAAUUUGGUGAGUCGUCCCAUAACGACCUUUGACACAUUAAAAAAAAUAACAUUAUGAACACAUAAAGCACUUAAAUGUGAAGUCAGUGAAGUUCUCAUCUGGAGUUAGGACUAUCUGAUGUAGCCCAUGAGAAAACUUUUCUACUAAUUAAUGGUGAUGUCAUCAUAUUGAUCACUGCUGCAGUAGCAUUAGCUAUCUGGGUUAUAUCCUCCAAGGAUAUAAAAUCCAGGCAGCAAGCAAAGUGUCAGGGUACCUUCCAGGUGCCCAAACUGUCAAGGAACUUAAGUUGAGAUGACUAAAAGGCACAAGCAUUUCAGAGCUUUCAUACCAAAUGAGAGAUGGAAGCUGAGCCCUAACAGGACAUGGUUAGGAGUAAAACUAUAUACAUAUAUACACACCCGGGCAUAAUAAUAAAAAAAAAAAAGUGGGGUGGAGGGAGUGGCUACUGCAAAACUGAUCAUUCAAAUAUCCACUGUUAGGACAAGUUUACUUAUACAUCUGUACCAUGUUCAUCAUAUUGAUCACUGCUGCAGUAGCCUUAGAUAUAUGGGUUAUAUCCUGCUAAGGCUAUAACAACCAGACAGCUCACCAAGCUUCAGGGUUCAAGGUUCCUUCCAUGUGUCCAAACUGUCAGGCAGUUGACUAAAUGACAAAUCUGAGCACCCAGCCCUUCAGAGCUUUACUACCACUGAAGAUUACUUUUCUCUGAGGCAUUUAAGGACUGACUGGUGGCUUGUGCUGCUCCUUUGUUGAUGUUUCCUUUGGGAGAAAAAUACAUUUAAUAAUUAUUUUUAUUAUUGAUACUUUCCUCUUCAGGAAAGUUAUUUUGAAGCUAGGAGUUUGUUUUAAUGGACUGUCAUGAGACUGCACUGUAAUUUUAAAAAGUCUGAAGACCAUUUUUUCAGUGAAAAAAUGUGUUUAUUUUACUUCAUGGGGUUGGCAACAUGUUUUUUAGUGAAUUUUACUGUGUUUAUCUGUGAAAAAGUGGCUUUUAAA